AAUCAUUGCCUUCGAAAGCCACAAGGCCAGAGCGAAAGGCAGCGGAGUGUGCCGACAACAGGGGAACGAUCCGCGGACAAACGAUGUUUUUCGUGCACCGAAAUGUUUCUCUGCCAGAAGGUUCACGAUUUUAAAGCGUACUGUUCAAUCAGUGCAUUAUUCACUUAAAGACGGAACGGAGAGUGCAUUGUUGCUUCUGCGGAGCUUUGUGACUACCUCACGAGGGAUUGUCCAACGACAGUAGAUGAGAGGCUUCCUCCCUGUUGUCCUGACAUCACAGAACAUCAUAGUGAGAGACCUGAGGAAAGAGGCUAGCUUCUUUACAAAUCAUUGUUACUGGUUCAAGCCCUAAAACUCACAACACACUGUUUGCUCACAAACAGACUUCAAAGUCUUAAAUUCAACCAUUGAGGCACACUUGUAUCAGGAUCGUAGUAACACAGAGAUUUAACUCAGACCAGGACAGGAUACUUUUUCUCAUUCAUUGAAUUGUGCUGACUAACACACACACACACACACACACACACACACACACACACACACACACACACACACACACACACACACACACACACACACACACACACACACACACACACACACACACACACACACACACACACACACACACACACACACACACACACGACACGGUCCUACAAAAACCGCCUUGCAGUAGUCAUGGAUGACCAGCAGGAGGACCCAGAGGGAAUGUACGACGUGCAGCACCAGUACAUGUGCAGCGAGUGCCAUCAGCUCUUCAACACCCUAGAAGAAGUGCUGAUGCACCAGCAGAUCCACACAGGGCAGGAGGGAGAAGAGGGGGAGGCUGGGGAGGCCAUGGCCAUCCAGGGCAUCUCAGAGUACGGGGACAGCCAGUAUCAGUGCCUGGAGUGUGGUGCCCUCCUCAGGAACCCAGAUGAACUGCUACUGCACCAGGAGCUGCACAUGAGAGAGGCAGGGUUGGAGACAGAGGACCAUGAACUGUGUGAGGUGUUGGAGACAGACGAGGCAGGGACAGAGGGCCAGGUGUCGGGGCCUGUCCAGUACCAGUGUCUAGACUGCCUGGCCCUGUUUGACUCUCCAGAGGUGUGGCUGGCUCACAGACAGACCCACAGCAAGAGCAGCACACACAGUGCCACAGAGACUGAGUAUGUGUUGCAGCCCGAUGGUACUGUGACACCCAUGGUCAGUGUUCAGAACUUUGUCUUGAGUGAACAACAAGCUGGGGAGAUCUUAGCACAGGUCCUGGGCCAGCAACAACAGCAGCAUCAGUCUACCCCCCAGCCCUCAACCCCCUCCCGGGCCACCUUCCUACCCCCCGUCUCCCCCCCUUCCCGGCUCGGCCACCAUGCGUCUCCAGAUCUGCAGUGCCCAAGCCCUGGCCGAUGGAUCAGUACCCCCGGCCUACGGCGCGCCAAGCUGCUGCCCCCUCUGCUCACUCCUCUAGGGGUGGGCUCGGUAGGAAAGCUGGGGGUCCCGGAGAACGGCCUCCAGAGACUGGAGGUGGUGCUGUCUGCUGUCCGAGAGGAGAAAGAGCAGCAGGGGGAGGUGGUGAUCUUCCACCCCUAUGAGUGCUCUGAGUGUGCCCUCCUCUUCCAGACCCCAGAGGACUUCCUGCAACACCAGGGGGAGCACUUCCUGGCCCAGGAGAAGGAGAGCGGUGAGGACGGGGUUAUGAUGGGAUAUGAGGAGGACAGAGGGAGGGAGGAGGAGAGAGAGGAGGAGAAUGGGGGGAGGGUGGCAGAGGAGAGGGGGAAGGGAACGGGGAGACGCGCCCUAGCUAAAAGAUCUAGAAACACACCCCUAUGCCUGCACUGCAGCCAAUGCCAGCGUACCUUCACGUCAGCCAAUCGGCUGGCGGCACACAGGCGCGUGCACGAGCAUGGCACAUACGAGUGCCGGGAGUGCGACAAGGUGUUUAAGAAGGCGAUGUCACUGCAGACACACAUGCGCUCUCACUCCGGGGAGGCUCGGUAUCUGUGUGUGGACUGUGGUCACGGCUUCAACACAGAGAUGACCCUCAUCAUACACAGGAAGUCUCACACAGCAGAGCCGCUCCACAGGUGUGAACACUGUGCCAAGACCUUCACCAAUAUGACCAAGUUCCUGUACCACCGUAGAACACACACCAAAACAGCCACCACUACACCUACCCCUGUCGUCCUGGUCCCAGCGGCCCCCAGGAGGAUGUCCCUGUCAGCCCUGUCCAUCCUUCAGAGAGCCCGGGCCCUGAGGGAGAGGGGUGAGGGCAGCCCCAUGGAGGGGGACGAGGAGAACCUGAUGGCCCCCCUUACUGAGGCUGAGAUGGAGAUAGGCGAGUCGGGGGAGGACACUGCCUCCAGCUCUCUGAGCAGGGCAGAGGGAGGAAAGGAGAACAGGGUGGAUGUGGAGGGGACACCAGGGGGCAGUGGAGAGUCCCAACUGGGAGAACAUACUGCUGAUCCUAACCUCGCUGGUCCCUGGGGCGCGUUCCCCUGCCCCUCCUGCCCUCAGGUUUUCCCCUCUCUGCUCCGCCUGGUCAAACACCGCCAUACGGCCCACGUCUCCGAGCGACACUUCAAGUGCUCUGUGUGCACCAAGACCUUCAAGAAGCAGAUGCACCUACGCAACCACCUGCGCACACACACCGGCGAGCGGCCCUUCCAGUGCUCAGACUGCGGAAAGACCUUCUCUUCCCUGGCCAACCUGUCUCGCCACAACCUCACCCACUCUGGCGUGCGCCCCUACCGCUGCGACAUCUGCCACCGGACAUUCACCCAGUCAUCCAACCUCCGGCAGCACCGCCUACUCCAUGCCAACCUCCCUCCCUGGCCCUGCCCGGACUGCCCCGCCACCUUCGUACGGCCGGCCAAGCUAGCCGCCCACCGCUACACUGUUCACCCGGGGGCCCCGGCCCCGUUCUCCUGUCCCCAAUGCCAGGCUGGCUUCCUGCACAGGAGGAAGAGAGACCGCCACUGUCAGGAGGUCCACCCCACUGAGGCCCAGGCAGACAGAGAGGGAGGGUUAGAGAGCCAGCCCCAAGUGUGCCCUGACGGGGAGCCCCUCUCAGAGCCCUCCACCUCAGAAGACACCGGGACCACCAGCAUCAUGAGAGGGGGCCUGGGCUGCACUGUGUGUGGGAAGAAGCUCAACUCUGCAGCCAACUGGCGUCUGCAUCAGCUGAGCCACGGCCUGGUUCCUGGUCGGUCCUGUGGUGGUGCAGUGGCCAGGGGUAAAUCCCACCAGUGCCUAACCUGCGGUAAGCUGUUUGUCUCCUCCUCUGGCGUGACCUUGCAUCAGCGCAUCCACACAGGAGAGCGCCCCUUCCCCUGCAACCUGUGUGGCAAGCGCUUCCGGCAGAACACGCACCUGCGAGAGCACCUGCGCACGCACACAGGGGAGCGGCCGUUCCGCUGCGAAAUAUGUGACAAGGGCUUUGUCCAGAGCAUGCACCUGGCGGAGCACCGGCGUACACACACAGGGGAGCGCCCCCACGCCUGUCUGGUGUGCGGCAAGGCCUUCAAGUCCUUCUCCAACCUGCGGAACCACAGGAAGACCCACGCACGCCAGCAGAGGCAGGAAGAGGUGGCUGCAGCACAGGUUGCCAUGGAGACCAGUGCCGCCGUGGCGCUAGUGGAGGCAUCCCAGGUGGAACUGGCCAAUGGGCAGCCUCAGCUGAUCCACAUACAGACGUCGACCCUACAGCAGACCCAGGGUACUCCCACCAUCAUGUGUAAUGAGUUUGGGGAGACCAUCGCCAUCAUAGAGACCAGUGAGGGAGGAACCCUACCCCUGGCUGAGGCUAUAGAGAUCUACCACACAGCCCUGGAGAACAGUCUGGGGAUGGACUCCAUCACUGUAGACAGUCUACAGCUCAUCUAACAGUCUGGGGAUGGACUCCAUCACUGUAGACAGUCUACAGCUCAUCUAACAGUCUGGGGAUGGACUCCAUCACUGUAGACAGUCUACAGCUCAUCUAAAGGCCAGACAGAGACAACUCAGAACCAUGACCGGACCAUCAGAGAACCCUCACAGAACCCUCACACGCCGAUCUAGAUAUUCUGAGGGUGAAAGAGACACGACUCAGAACUAUCACAGAACUGUCAGAGAACCAUCAAACAAGCCUCACAGAGUUAUCGACAGCUACCGAGAGCCAGUGAGAGGCUCAACUAUCGGAGAACCAUGACAGAACUACUUGUGUGGGCUAUGGGACUGUACUGACUCUUGACUGGCAGAGAGCAUGUUUUACUGACAUCCUAUUGGGGUGAAUGUAUGGGGAGCAGUAGAAUAUUAAACUGUGAUCGAGUGAACUACAGGAGUGUAGGAACACUGGUCUGGUUGUCAUUGUUGAGUACAAAAACGAUUGUCUACAAUUGCAGCAGGCAGGACAACAGUAGGUGUUCAUUCACUCCUCCAGACCAAAUGUGUUACGAUCUCCAUGUUCAGAAAGACAGGGCAGAGCCGGUCAGUGGUGGUGGAGAGGUUGUUGUGACAGAUGUGAAUCGAGGGCCAUUUCCUGUGUUUGUCAUGUUCUUGACUGCCCAUGGAUGUUCAUUCAGUGCUUGUCUGUAAUAUGUGAUUUUUACUUUGAAAACAAUGACUGUUUCUCUUUUUGCUGUGAACAGAUAAAUGAAUGAUUAAAUGAUAUUUGAUAAUA